CGCAAAGAGGCGCCCGCCAACAAGAUUGUCCCGAGUCGCUCCCCGUCCGCCCCGGGCGGUUCAUUGCGUGUGAGUCCGGUUGUCCCGUGAUGCGCAGCCAUGGCUUUCCGCUGUCAACAGGACAGCUAUGCCCGGGAGUUCACCACCACCGUGGUCUCCUGCCGGCCGGCGGAGCUGCAGACCGAGGGGAGCGGCGGCAGGAAGGAGGUGCUGAGCGGCUUCCACGUGGUGCUGGAAGACACGCUGCUCUUCCCUGAGGGCGGCGGACAGCCUGAUGAUCAUGGUACAAUCAAUGACAUCUCUGUACUGAGAGUGACCCGCCGGGGGGCCCAGGCUGAUCAUUUCACACAGAUGCCUCUGACCCCUGGGAGUGAGGUCCAGGUCCGGGUAGACUGGGAGCGGAGGUUUGACCACAUGCAGCAACAUUCAGGGCAGCAUCUCAUCACAGCAGUUGCUGAUAAUCUGUUUGGACUGAAGACAACAUCAUGGGAGUUAGGGCGACUCCGGAGUGUGAUUGAGUUGGACAGUCCCUCUGUGACUGCUGAGCAAGUAGCUGCCAUUGAGCAGAGCGUCAAUGAAAAAAUCAGAGAGCGGCUGCCAGUGAAUAUACAGGAGCUGACUGCGGAUGAUCCUGCGGUGGAGCAGGUCAGGGGCCGGGGUUUGCCGGGUGAUCAUGCUGGGCCCAUUCGAGUCGUUACUAUCGAGAGUGUUGACUCCAACAUGUGCUGCGGAACCCACGUAAACAAUCUCAGUGACCUCCAGGUCAUUAAAAUCCUGGGCACUGAGAAAGGGAAAAAGAACAAAACCAAUCUGAUAUUUCUGGCUGGAAACCGGGUGCUGAAGUGGAUGGAGAGAAGUCACAGAACUGAAAAAUCACUGACCAGUUUGCUUAAGUGUGGUGCAGAGGAACAUGUAGAAGCAGUAACAAAGCUACAGAACUCCAUCAGACUCCUGCAGAAGAGCAACCUGAGUCUGCUCAGAGAUCUGGCUGUGCACGCUGCCCACAGCCUGAGGAACAGCCCAGACUGGGGAGGUGUUGUCACAUUGCACAGGAAGGAGGGUGAUUCUGAGUUCAUGAAUAUUAUUGCCAAUGAAAUUGGGUCAGAGGAGACCCUCCUGUUCUUAACCGUGGGCGAUGAAAAAGGUGCUGGGCUGUUCUUACUGGCAGGACCGGCAGAGGCUGUGGAGACCCUGGGGCCCAGGGUGGCUGAGGUCCUGGAAGGCAAAGGAGCUGGGAAGAAAGGCCGCUUUCAGGGCAAGGCCACCAAGAUGAGCCGGAGGACAGAGGUGCAGGCGCUUCUUCAGGACUAUGUCAGCACGCAGAGUGCUGAGGAGUGAGGAUUGGGCGCCCCCUGGUGGCUCUUGUGACCAGUCUCUUGGACAAUAAAAUAGUUUGAUUUGAAAUA